AUGGUAAAUUCAGCUGCUGAUGAGGAAGGCCUUGGCCCAGUAGAGCGUGGCCGCAAGAGAUAUUAUCAAAAGGACUAUGCAGGGGCUCUAACAGCUUUCACAGAAGCGGUCAAUACGAGCACUGGUCACCUCCUUCUAACGGCGUUGGAUCACCGAGCAGCAGCAUAUGAGAAGCUACAACAGCUACAACCUGCUCUCCGGGAUGCGAAGCGGAUGAUCGAUCUGAAACCGGAGAUUUCAAAGGCAAGCCCGCAAUGA